UCACCCCGCCCCUUUAAUGUGCUCCCUGCGCCGGCCAGGUUUAGUUUCUCCUUCGCCGGUCUUUCUGCACCUGGGCGCCUCGCGGGCCUCGGCACUUGUGGUUGGGCUCGAGCCGGAGCGAAGGGGCGGGGGAACAUGGCCUCAUCCCUAGGCAGGCUGAGCGGGAGCCGCGUUUGGAGCGCGGCGCUGGGGCGCGCUGGCCGCCGGUCGCGCGCCUGGUCCCCGGGCCUGCCGGCUGGACGCUUCUGCGGGGCUCCGUUCGCGGCCCGGGGGCUGGGCCACGGCCCCGGCACUGGAGGAGCGGGGAUCGGGGGCGGAGCGAGAAGAGCCCCUUGGCUAGCGGCGGGGCUGGCGGCCGGGCUGGCCGGGGUGGCUGCAGCCUCUUUCCAGCACCUGGCGCGGGCCGAGAUGGUCCCCAGGACCGAGGGCGCGUCCGGCAUGCUGGAGAGAGCAGACGAGUUGGCCACCCGCUGCAGCUCCUUCAUGGCCCCGCCCGUGACAGACCUGUCCGAGCUGCGGGCCCGGCAGGGGGACAUGAAGACCCAGAUGGAGCUGCUGAUCAUGGAGACUCAGGCCCAAGUGUGCCAGGCGCUGGCGCAGCUGGACCGAGGCGCCAGCUUCUCCGUGGAUCGCUGGGAGAGGAAGGAAGGAGGAGGGGGUAUCAGCUGUGUACUGCAGGAUGGUCAAGUCUUUGAAAAGGCUGGAGUCAGUGUUUCUGUAGUUCAUGGGACUCUUUCUGAGGAAGCAAUAAAACAAAUGAGAAACAGAGGAAAGGUCCUUAAGAUGAAAAAUGGUCAGUUGCCCUUUUCUGCUAUGGGAGUGAGCUCUGUCAUCCACCCCAAGAAUCCUCAUGCUCCCACCUUUCAUUUCAACUACAGAUACUUUGAAAUAGAAGAAGCAGAUGGUAACAAACAAUGGUGGUUUGGUGGUGGGUGUGAUCUUACUCCAACUUAUUUGAACCAAGAGGAUGCUGUUCACUUUCAUAAAGUCUUAAAGGAUGCUUGUGACCAGCAUGAUCCAAGCCUCUACCCCAAGUUUAAAAAAUGGUGUGAUGACUACUUUGUUAUAAAACAUCGGGGAGAGAGGAGGGGAAUUGGGGGUAUAUUCUUUGAUGAUCUCGACUCCCCAUCCAAGGAAGACGUAUUUCAUUUUGUCCAAAGCUGUGCCCAAGCUGUCAUACCUUCUUACAUUCCCCUGGUGAAAAAACACUGUAAUGAUCCAUUCACACCUCAGGAGAAACAAUGGCAGCAGCUUCGGAGAGGGAGAUAUGUGGAAUUUAACCUACUAUAUGAUAGAGGCACAAAAUUUGGACUCUACACUCCGGGAUCUAGGGUCGAAAGCAUCCUUAUGUCUUUGCCCCUGACUGCUAGAUGGGAAUACAUGCAUGCCCCCUCAGAGAAUUCCAAAGAAGCUGAGCUCCUAGAAGUCCUACACCAUCCCAAAGACUGGGUGCACUGAUGUUGAAAUGGCAGACAUCCUGUGGUCAAAGGAAAAAUGAAGUGUAUCUCCCCUAGGCUCCCUGUGACUGCCAUGAUGUGGCAGUUUAGUGGACUAUGUGCCUUAAAUCAAGCUGGGGGAAUAAUCUGUAAAUUCUUUGACCUGCAACCUGAAUAGUUGGAGGUAUCUCUGCCCUGUUGUCACUUUCCCAAUGGUCUCCUUCACCAUUGGUGCAAUGGCCAAGAGAUGGUUUUGUUUUGUUUUUAAAAAGCUAAUGAACUACUAUAAAAAUGGAUUCUGUUAUUGGUA